UCGCCGGCCCCGCCACCCCCAGGUGCGGCACCGACAGUCAGGGCAGGUCAUGGUGCUGAAAAUGAACAGGCUCCCCAGUAACCGGGGGAACACGCUCCGGGAGGUGCAGCUGAUGAACCAGCUCCAGCACCCCAACAUCCUAAGGUUCAUGGGGGUCUGUGUGCACCAGGGGCAGCUGCACGCUCUUACCGAGUAUAUGAAUGGGGGAACCUUGGAACAGCUGCUCGGCUCUCCUGAACCCCUCUCCUGGCCUGUCAGGCUCCGCCUGGCUCUGGAUAUCGCUCAGGGCCUGCAGUACCUGCACGCCAAAGGUGUAUUCCACCGAGACCUCACAUCCAAGAAUUGUCUGAUCCGUCGGGAAGGCCGAAGCUUCACAGCUGUUGUGGGUGACUUCGGGCUGGCUGAAAAGAUUCCUGUGUAUAGGGAAGGGGAAAGGAAGGAGCCAUUGGCUGUAGUGGGCUCCCCGUACUGGAUGGCUCCAGAGGUGCUGAGGGGUGAGCUAUAUGAUGAGAAGGCCGAUGUCUUUGCCUUUGGGAUUGUCCUCUGUGAGCUCAUCGCACGAGUACCUGCAGACCCUGACUACCUGCCCCGUACUGAGGACUUUGGCCUGGAUGUGCCUGCUUUCCGGACCCUGGUAGGGGAUGACUGCCCACUGCCUUUCCUGCUCCUGGCCAUCCACUGCUGCAGUAUGGAACCUAGUGCCCGUGCUCCCUUCACCGAAAUCACCCAGCACCUGGAAUGGAUCCUGGAGCAACUGCCUGAGCCAGCCCCCCUCACCAGGGCUCCCCUGAUGCACAAUCAGGGGUCUGUUCCAAGAGGGGGUCCCUCUGCCACGCUUCCCAGGCCAGACCCUCGGCUCUCCCGAAGCCGAUCAGACCUCUUCCUGCCCCCAUCACUAGAAUCAACCCCCAACUGGGGGGACAAUCUGACUCGAGUCAACCCCUUCUCACUGCGGGAAGACCUCAGGGGUGGCAAGAUCAAGCUCCUGGACACACCCAGCAAGCCAGUCGCCCCCUUGCCCCUUGUACCACCAUCACCACUGGCCUCCACCCGGCUGCCCUUGGUGACCACUCCGGAGACCCUACUCCAGCCUGGAACACCUGCCCGCCGCUGCCGCUCAUUACCAUCAUCCCCUGAACUCCCCCGACGCAUGGAGACGGUACUGCCAGGUCCUGGCCCUCCCUCUGUGGGCCCCUUGGCUGAAGAGAGAAUGGAGUGUGAGGGCAGUAGCCCUGAGCCAGAACCCCCAGCUCCCCAGCUGCCCCUGGCUGUGGCCACAGACAACUUCAUCAGCACUUGUUCAUCAGCCUCCCAGCCCUGGUCCCCUAGAUCAGGACCUCCCCUUAACAACAACCCCCCAGCUGUGGUGGUGAACUCCCCACAGGGCUGGGCCGGGGAGCCCUGGAACCGGGCCCAGCAUAGCCUGCCCCGGGCAGCAGCGCUGGAGCGGACAGAACCCUCGCCGCCCCCUUCAGCUCCUCGAGAGUCCGACGAGGGACUACCCUGCCCUGGCUGCUGCCUGGGCCCCUUCAGCUUUGGCUUCUUGUCCAUGUGCCCCCGCCCCACACCAGCUGUUGCUCGCUACCGCAACCUGAACUGUGAGGCGGGCAGUCUCCUCUGCCACCGAGGGCACCGUGCCAAGCCACCCACACCCAGCCUUCAGCUGCCUGGGGCACGCUCUUAGCAGUGGGGCCUCCAGCUUUGGACUCCAGGAUGCCCUGUGAGGACUGCACAUGCUCGACAGUGCCAGCCCCAGAUGGGCUGACCAGCUGCUCCGUAUAGGGGAACCUCAGCAUGGACUCAAGGGACAGAACAUUUCCUAUCCAACCCCUGGGCUUGCUGUCCCAGGGGGAUCACACAGCAUUGCUGACACACGAGACUAACACGUGCAAAUUAUUUAAAAAUAUUUCAAUAAAACUGCCUGGCUGGCUCCGGGCUGCCCCUA